AUGCAGUCGACAGGAACCCAGCUCAGUCCAGUUAAGGAUGGACGCCGCAUCCUUGGUGAAAAAGAUACCAACGCGUGUCUGUCGCCAGCCCACCAGAACAAACAGUCUCUCCCGGUCACCGGAACGCCAGUCAAACGGGCCCUGUUCUCGACAGUAUCACCUAAGAAGCUUCUUCCCUCGCCUAUGUUUGCAGGCCAAAAAAGGACUAGGGACCAGGUGGACGAAACAGAGGAGAACGGACCGGUGCAGACGCGGGGCUCUCCGAUUGAAAGCUCUGUUAAGAAUGUCAGCCCGAAGCAGAACCAAGAACUAGACAUGCAGGAUACUCGUGUCGCCACGCCUCCACGCUCCGAACGCGACCAAAAUCAACAUAUGGAUACACAAUCGCCUACCGCGUCGAACCAAGAAGCCCGAACAAUCCCUGACGACCCAGACGCGCGAAAAAUAUUCAUUCAAGAAAAAGCGGCUCUCCUCCGAAACACCCUCCAAACCGCCAUGCGCAAUGUGACCGACCACCAAAUUGACCGCCGAGUCUCCGACUUAGAAGAACACAGCCGGAAAUGUCCUAGAGUCUCCAUGUCGAUCCUUUCCUCUUCACCGCUGCCUCAAUUGUCUUUCUGCAAUACCACUACGCCUAAAUUCACCACGCCCCGCAUUGGUUCGAUGCCCGAUAUGAGUUCGACGCCUUGUCACCAAACACCGGAUCUUCCCCGCCGCAGGUCCCCGCUCGCUAAUGCAGAACGUGUCAAGGCUUCGCAGCGAACUCCGCCCCGUACGCUCGGGUCCCCUAUGCAACUCAGUAGCCCUCCUGCUACGGUAAUUCGUCACAAUCGUACCCGUGAUGUUGAGGAGAGCAGAGACGCAAAUCGGGAGGGCCUAUCACCGUCUCAACGUGGGGAUGCGGUGGAUGGGUUGCUCAAGUUGAUGAGCACGGCUGAUCAACGUUCCAGCGCUGAUGCAUGGAGUGGGUGA